GGAGGUCAUUGCAAAUUUACCUUCCUCACAACUAUGCACGACAGUCUGAGCAGCCUCUUUGGCUGGGUGUCCAUUGCAUCCUGGGUGGUCGUCUACACUCCGCAAAUUUACGAAAACUAUGUGUUGCAAUCUGGCGAAGGACUCAGCAUUCUCUUUGUCUUGAUAUGGCUCGCUGGUGAUCUCUGCAAUGUAUUAGGGGCAAUCCUCGCAUACUUGCUCCCUACCAUGAUAAUCCUUGGUUCUUACUAUACCGUUUGCGACGUGAUUCUUCUGGGACAAAUAUACUACUAUCGCUGGAAAAGAAACAAAUCACGGCACCUCUCCUCCCAGGAACGUGCACCACUUCUACCCGUCGACCGGAACGAUGAGAGAGACAAUAGUGUAAAAGUGGUGUUUUUACGCUACACCGGUGGUCUUGCAUUUGUAUUUACAACAGGUACUAUUGCGUGGUGGAUAAGCAGCCUUGUUGGGUAUCCAGAAGAACACGAUCUUUCUACCGCAACUGCGUUGCGCACAUGGGCUAUCCAAGUCCUGGGCUGGUCAAGUGCCAUCCUCUUCUUUGGGGCACGGAUACCACAAAUUGCCAAAAACUUUGAGACGAGGUGCGAAGGGCUCACACCUACGUUAUUCUUCUUUACCUCGUUCGGCAACAUUACCUACGUCCUUUCCAUUUGCGUCAAAAGCAUGGAAAAGUCGUAUCUGAUAACAAACGCAAGUUGGUUAGCAGGAAGCGCGUUGACGGUGUUCCUCGAUUGUAUCGUUCUGACGCAAAUUUUCUAUUACCGUACACACCCUCUGGAGGCGUGAGCGAGGACACUGCUUGACUACUAGAAUGAUAGGCUCAGUAGAGUAGCUGUUGAUAGAACAUUGGUCUAAGCUGUGAAACACAUAUGAUGAUUGACCAAAUUCCAAAGAUGUUUUAAUUUUCUAAUGAUGAAUGACCGAAGGAAUCAACAAAGAUACAAAGAAUUAUUCAAGCCACUGUAAAGUCCAGACCACUUUCCACACACCUAAUGUUC